UUGGCCACACUUCGUUUUAAGCUUUGCCAUUUUGUUUAGUUCUUUACUUUUCGCUACGCAAUUUUUUAAUAGUUAAAUGGAAAAUAAUUGCUUUGGGCGCGUUUAAUUUAUACAGCAAAAUGACCGAUAAACUUACUUACGGCCCACCGCCAGACUCUGAUGAUUCCGAUUGCAGCAGCUAUGACGGUUUCUACUUUUCGGAACCUCUUAAACGAGAGAAGCGUGUUCCAUAUGUGCAGCGUGACCAACUGUUGUACGAAGCACUGAUGGAGGGGAACUUACAACGUGUGCGCGAAGAAAUCACUGCGCUCGAGUUUCCUGUGGAUGACGUCGUGACUGCAGGAAUCACAAUGUUGAUGUGCGCCUGUCGUGAGGGUCACUACGAAGUAGCCGAGUACCUGGUUAACUACCUUGGAGCAAAUGUUAACAAGCAAGUGGAUUCUGUAAUGCCGCUGAUGUUAGCCUGUGACUGUCAAACAGAUGAUGCAUAUGUUGCCGAGAAGUUGGUGCGGCUGCUGCUCGGAAAAGGCGCAGUUAUUAAUGUGUCCGAUAAGUAUGGGAUGACACCGUUUAUGUUUGCCUGUCGCAGGGGCUACACCAACGUUGUGCGCUUGCUCAUUAGCGAGGUUAGCUUCGACGCUAUGGAUAAUCAGGGAUGCACGCCCAUUUUCCAUGCCAUUGAACAUAACCAUGGCGAUAUUGUCAAGCUUUUAGUGGAGGCUGGUGUUAAUGCUAGCCUGGCUAACAACAAAGGCUAUACACCAAAACAGGUUGCCGAAUUCCAUGGCUUCUACGAUUUACUGGAGCUGCUGCCGCGUGAUCCUGCUGCCGAAUACAUGGUACCAACCAAUUAUCUCAGCUACAGCACGCUGCGCGAUCAUGUGCCACGCAUUUUUCUGAAAACCGAUUGUCCGGAGUACUUUCAAGAGCUGAGCAGCAUAUUAAACUCUUUAGAAAUGUCAAAUAUGUUGGAACAUUUUGCUAAAGCGCGCAUUUCGCUUGCUGAGUUUCUAAACAUGGACGAUAAAAGCUUGCGAGACAUUGGAAUCAUGUUUCCCAUCUAUCGGAACAAGAUCUUAAAGGGCAUACUUGACUUUCAUUUACAUCACUGGUCGAGGAAAUCAAUAGCACGCGUUAAGAAGGACGGCAUGGAUAACUUCUAUGAGAUCCUCAUGAUCACCGCCAAUCAUUUACAGCAUUUGGUGAUUAUACAAGCCUCAUUACGCUUCGUAAUGCAAAAUCAACUAAAUGGAAAACUUGGCCGGCCAACAGAGUUGCAACUGGCAAACUUGCAAAGCAAUUUGAAGGCAUAUCGCGGAGUUAUUGACGAUCUCACCAAGACGGUUAAAUAUCUUGGUUCGUUCAGCCCACCACAGAAUCCACUGUAUAUUGAUUACAACGAAAUUCUCGCUGAGCGUAAGCGACGCAAGGUGCGAAGUGUUUUUAAGUACACUACAAUUGUUUUGGGGAUCUCUGUAUUUAUUUGCUUGAAAUGUAAAUGGCUUUUCUAAGCUUUCAUGCACACAUAUACCAGCGAACUAUAUAGUAUUAGUAAACAAAAAUUUCCGUUAAACUUU